AACUGAGGACCAGCCCACUUUAACUUACUCAACUGUAACUCAGCUUAACUCAACUGUUUCAGCCGCACAAAACAAGAAAUGUUUACAUUUUCAGUUUUAUUUAAGUUUUUAAGUUGAAAAGACCUUUAUUUUUAGGGUAAGCCCCAUUUUUAUCUGUUUAAAAGUGUAAAGCCGGUGGUUUGGAUGUGACUCUCACGCUGAGCUCGGGGAGCCGGGCUGUGCCUCCCUCCUGCCGGGGAAGAGAUCAUGGCGGCGGCCGCCGAGGCGAGCCCCAGCAGCGGCAGCAGCGACACGUCCAGCACCGGCGAGGAGGAGCGGAUCCGCCGCCUGUUCCAGACCUGCGACGGGGACGGAGACGGGUACAUUAACAGAAAUGACCUGUUGAUGGUGUGCAGGCAGCUGAACAUGGAGGACUCUGUGGCUGAGAUCAUGUGCCAGCUGGGCGCGGACCAGUUAGGGAGGAUUUCGUUCGAGGACUUCACUCGCUGCCGCAUGCAGCUGGUCAGCGAAAUCCGCAAAGAGGAGGGCCUGCUGUCCCUCCUGUCCAGCGAAUCGGACAAGAGGAGGCUCCGAGAGCGCAUCGCCUCCUGGCCCACCAGCAGCGAGAACAGCCUGGGUGCUCUCUCAGGGGCUAAAGAAAGCUGGGAGUAUGACUCAGGAGCCAGAGACCUUCAGAGCCCAGACCUGCCGUCUCCUCCUCAGCAUCCACGGCAGCAGUCCUCAGUGCUGCUGCAGAAGUUCCUGGAACAGCCAAGCAGUGUCUCAGAGUCUCCAUCCGGCCUACAUAGGUUCCUCUCCCAGCCUUCGGGACGCAGCGCUCCUGUGGGAGGAGGCAACGUGGACUUGGCCAACACACUACAUCUGGCCGCGCUGGCGUCUCUGAAGGGCGACGUGGUGGAGCUCAACAAGCGUCUGCUGCACAGCGAGAGAGAGCGAGACGCACUGGAGAAAAGACUGACCAAAGCACAAUGUGAGCAGUCUCAUCUUCUGCGGGAGCAUGAGGAGGUGCAGGAGAGGACGACGCUGCGCUACGAGGAGCGAAUCACCGAGCUGCACAGCGUCAUCGCCGAGCUCAACAAGAAGAUAGACCUACUGCAGGGAACCACCAUCAGGGAGGAGGAUGAGUUUUCGGAGUUGCGCUCUGAACUCAGCCACAGCCAACAAGAAGUCAACGAAGACGAGCGGAGCAUGGAUCAAGACCCCGACCAAGCUUCCGUCUCAUUACCCGAAAACCAGUCAACACUGGUCACUGCAGACAUGGACAACUGCAGUGACCUGAACUCGGAGCUGCAGCGGGUGCUGACCGGUCUGGAGAGUGUGGUCUGCGGCCGGAAGAAGAGCGCCUGCAGUCUGUCUGUGGCCGAGGUGGACAGACACAUCGAGCAGCUGACCACCGCCAGCCAGCACUGUGACCUCGCCAUUAAAACAGUAGAGGAGAUUGAGGGGGCUCUGGGCAGAGAUUUCUACCCCAGUCUGUGUGAGGAGCGAGUGCGCUGGGAGAAGGAGCUGGCAGGACUCAGAGAGGAGAACGAGAGUCUGACAGCCAUGCUCUGCAGCAAAGAGGAGGACCUGAACCGCACCAAAGCCACCAUGAGCGCCAUCCGCGAGGAGAGGGACCGCCUCCGCCGACGGGUGCGUGAGCUGCAGACACGUCUACAGAGUGUUCAGCCUGGUGGUGGUCAGUCCAGUCCAGGCCGCUUGACUCCUGCCGGUCGGCCCAUUAACCCCAGCACAGGCGAGCUCAGCACUAGCAGCAGCAGCAACGACAUCCCUGUUGCUAAGGUGGCAGAACGAGUUAAACUGUCUAAAACGCGCUCAGAGUCGUCGUCAACUGAGAGAGCGGUGCUGGGCUCAGAGAUUAGCAGCAUUGGGGUAUCCAGUAACGUGGCGGAGCACCUGGCCCACUCUCUGCAGGACUGCUCUAAUAUUCAGGAGAUUUUCCAGACGCUGUACUCACACGGCUCUGCCAUCUCCGAGAACAAGAUCCGAGAGUUCGAGGUGGAGACUGAACGCCUCAACAGUCGGAUCGAGCACCUGAAGUCUCAGAAUGACCUUCUGACCAUCACUCUGGAGGAGUGUAAGAGUAAUGCUGAGAGGAUGAGCAUGCUGGUGGGCAAAUACGAGUCCAACGCUACCGCCCUGCGAAUGGCACUGCAGUACAGUGAGCAGUGUAUCGAGGCGUAUGAGCUGCUGUUGGCUCUGGCAGAGAGUGAGCAGGGCCUGGUGCUGGGCCAGUUUAGAGCGGCUGGAGUCAGCACUAUGGGAGAGCAGAGUGCAGAGGAGAGCAUCACGCAGGUUCUGAAGAGAGCUCAUGACUGCAGGAAGACAGCAGAGAAUGCAGCUAAAGAUCUCCUGGUCAGACUAGACGGCAGCUGUGGAGCAGCGUUCUCAGUCACGGGCUGCAGCGUCCAGCCCUGGGAGAGCCUCUCCUCCAACAGUCACACCAGCACCACCAGCUCCACGGCCAGCAGCUGCGACACAGACUUCUCCAAAGAGGACGAGCAGCGGCUGAAGGACUACGUCCAGCAGCUGAAGAACGAGCGGGCGGCGGUGAAGCUGACCAUGCUGGAGCUGGAGAGCGUGCACAUCGACCCGCUGAGCUACGACGUCAAGCCCCGCGGAGACUCACAGAGGCUGGACUUGGAGAACGCCGUGCUCAUGCAGGAGCUCAUGGCCAUGAAGGAGGAGAUGGCGGAGCUGAAGGCUCAGCUGUAUCUGCUGGAGAAAGAGAAGAAGGCUCUGGAGCUGAAGCUGAGUACGCGUGAGGCGCAGGAGCAGGCCUAUCUGGUGCAUAUCGAGCACCUGAAGUCUGAGGUGGAGGAGCAGCAGGAGCAGCGCAGGAGAUCACUGGGGUCAACAGGCAGCUCCGGAGCCAAGGACAAGAGCGGGAAGGACACAGGAGAUUCUUCAGCUGUUAGUGUAUCUGAACUAAGGAGCCUUAGUGACAGUGACCUGGCAGCAGAACUCACCAAUGCCCUCCGGAGGGAGAAGAAGCUGAAGAGUCGAGUGCAGGAGUUGGUGGCGGCACUGGAGCGACUAACCAAGAGCAGUGAGGUCCGACACCAGCAGAGCGCAGAGUUCGUUAAUGACCUCAAACGAGCCAACAGUAACCUGGUAGCAGCAUAUGAAAAGGCUAAGAAGAAGCACCAGAAUAAGCUGAAGAAGCUGGAGUCGCAGAUGAUGGCCAUGGUGGAGAGACACGAGACGCAGGUGCGCAUGCUCAAACAACGCAUCGCCCUGCUGGAGGAGGAAACAUCCCGACCACACACCAACGAGACCUCCCUCUGAUACACACACACACACACACACACCAACGAGACCUCCCUCUGAUACACACACACACACACACACCAACGAGACCUCCCUCUGAUACACACACACACACACACACCAACGAGACCUCCCUCUGAUACACACACACACACACACCAACGAGACCUCCCUCUGAUACACACACACACACACACACACACACACACACACGAGACCUCCCUCUGAUACACACACACACACACACACACACACACCAACAAGACCUCCCUCUGAUACACACACACACACACACCAACGAGACCUCCCUCUGAUACACACACACACACACACACACACCAACGAGACCUCCCUCUGAUACACACACACACACACACACACACACACACCAACGAGACCUCCCUCUGAUACACACACACACACACACACACACACACCAACGAGACCUCCCUCUGAUACACACACACACACACACACACACACACCAACAAGACCUCCCUCUGAUACACACACACACACACCAAUGAGACCUCCCUCUGAUACACACACACACACACACACACACACCAACGAGACCUCCCUCUGAUACACACACACACACACACACACACACACACCAACGAGACCUUCCUCUGAUACACACCCACACACACACCAACGAGACCUCCCUCUGAUACACACACACACACACACACACACACACACACACGAGACCUCCCUCUGAUACACACACACACACACACACACACACACCAACAAGACCUCCCUCUGAUACACACACACACACACACCAACGAGACCUCCCUCUGAUACACACACACACACACACACACACCAACGAGACCUCCCUCUGAUACACACACACACACACACACACACACACACCAACGAGACCUCCCUCUGAUACACACACACACACACACACACACACACCAACGAGACCUCCCUCUGAUACACACACACACACACACACACACACACCAACAAGACCUCCCUCUGAUACACACACACACACACACCAACGAGACCUCCCUCUGAUACACACACACACACACACACACACACCAACGAGACCUCCCUCUGAUACACACACACACACACACACACACCAACAAGACCUCCCUCUGAUACACACACACACACACCAAUGAGACCUCCCUCUGAUACACACACACACACACACACACACACCAACGAGACCUCCCUCUGAUACACACACACACACACACACACACACACACCAACGAGACCUUCCUCUGAUACACACCCACACACACACCAACGAGACCUCCCUCUGAUACACACCCACACAC